UAAUUUUUUAAAAAUCUCUUACUAUAACUAUCCCAUCGAAAGUUCAGAUAACUUGAACCGAAAAGAGCAAAUGGCAACAGUUUCAUCCUCAGUUGCGUCUCUUUCCAAACCCUUAAACCCAUCUAUCUCUUCCCCCAAAAAUCCUACCAUCUUCAAUCUAUGGAAUCCCCAGCUCAAUCGAGUAAAAUCCCCACAAACCCUAUCUCUCAAAUCUCCUUCAAUUUCUCAUCUCUUUAUCAAACCUCUAAAAGCUCAACAAUCUCGUAUUUCUUCUACCCCAAUCACCUCCCUUUUUACCGGUAUAGUUGAAGAAAUCGGGGAAAUCAACCAACUGGGUUUCGAUAAACCCGACAGUUUUACCAUGAAAAUCAAAGCUAACCUCAUUCUUGAAGACAUCAACCUCGGCGACAGUAUUUCCGUCAACGGAACUUGUCUUACCGUCGCUGAUUUCGACAAACAGUUGGCGGAAUUCAGUGUUGGAUUGGCUCCAGAAACGCUGAGAAAGACGUCUCUGAUCGAAUUGGAAAAAGGGUCUUGGGUUAAUUUGGAAAGGGCUUUGAGGCCUAGUACUAGAAUGGGAGGUCACUUUGUGCAGGGCCAUGUUGAUGGGACUGGCCAGAUUGUUGAGCUAAAACCUGAAGGGGAUUCUCUGUGGGUAAAGGUUAAAACUUCGAAAGAAAUUUUGAGGUACAUUGUGCCUAAAGGAUUUAUUGCUGUGGAUGGGACUAGUUUGACUGUAGUAGAUGUGUUUGAAGAAGAAGACUGUUUUAACUUCAUGUUGGUGGCUUACACUCAGCAAAAUGUGGUGAUUCCGAUGAAGAAAGUGGGGCAGAAGGUUAAUCUUGAGGUGGAUAUAUUGGGGAAGUAUGUGGAGAGGCUUCUUAGUAGUGGCUUUGUCAAUGCCAUCAAAUCUUCAUGAAAAAAGGUUGUUUCUUUGUGCUUCAUUUUAUUUUUGUAACUUUUUGCCUUUGGCAAAAUUUGUAUCUUGAAUUUCAGAGAUUUUUCUAUCCAGAUUCUCUCAAGGUGUAUUUUGGAAUAGUGUUUCAGUGAAAUAAAAAUAAACAAUAUCACCUGAAGGACUUUGGUCAGAGCAAAUGUAUCUGAACUUUUAUACCUGAAUUUAGUAAUAUUAAUUGCAGACAUUAUUUUGCAA